CGGGGCGCCGCUCUCUGGGCGGAGCGUAGAGGCGGUGGGAGGACUUGCAGCGGGCCGCUUCGGCUUCUUCUCGGGCCUACUCUGUCCUCGGCUUCCCGCCCCUUCAGCCGGCCACCAUGGGGAAGCGGGACAACCGCGUGGCCUACAUGAAUCCAAUAGCGAUGGCUCGAUCAAGGGGUCCAAUCCAGUCUUCAGGGCCAACAAUCCAGGAUUAUCUGAAUCGACCAAGGCCUACCUGGGAGGAAGUAAAGGAACAACUAGAAAAGAAAAAGAAGGGUUCCAAAGCUUUGGCUGAAUUUGAAGAAAAAAUGAAUGAGAAUUGGAAAAAGGAACUAGAAAAACACAGAGAAAAAUUAUUAAGUGGAAAUGAGAGCUCAUCCAAAAAAAGACAGAGAAAGAAAAAAGAAAAGAAAUCUGGUAGGUAUUCAUCUUCUUCUUCAUCGAGCUCUGAUUCUUCCAGCAGUUCUUCAGAUUCUGAAGAUGAGGAUAAAAAACAAACAAAAAAGAAGAAGAAAAAGAAGAGUCGUUGCCAUAAGUCUCCUGAAAGCUCAGUGUUGGACUCCGACUCGGACAGCAAGGAUGGUUCAAAAAAGAGAAAGAAGUCAAAGGAUGUGACCGAGAAAGAAAAGGACAAUAAAGGAGCCAGCAGGAAAAGAAAGCUGUAUGAAGAUAGAGCACUGACUUCUGAGUCAUUGUCAGAGCUGGAGUGUGAGGAGGUGCAGGCGAAAAGGAAGAAAAGUGAGGAUAAAGAUAAAGCCAAAAAGAGAAGGAAGCAUAAGAAGCACAGCAAGAAGAAGAAAAAGAAGGCUGCCAGCUCCAGUUCAGACUCGUCAUAGCAUCGGGAAGACCAGGGUCCCUUACAGGGUGCAAUGGUGAAGGAGCUCUUAACUGUGAAGAUAACGACAUACGUAGUAACGUGCAUGAAUUCCCUUGUGUUUAGACCUGUCCUGGACUAGUCAGUAGCCACUUGAAUGCUGCUGUAUGAAAGGCCAUGAUUGUUGCCUGCUGCCUGAACACCUUUUCCUCUCUCCCAGUGCUCGAUGACUCUGGGGGACUGUACUUUGCAGUCAUAUUAGUGGUUAAGAUAUUUGGAAUAAAGCUAAUAUUUUUUACUAGAUGUACUUAGUUAGGAUAAGUCAACAGAAACAGUCUGAAUCCAUCUCUAAGAUGUGACCAGAAAUAAUGAGGUGACUAGGGAAAUUUUCAAAGUAGGGGUUACAUUAAUAUUUCAAAAUUCUUAUGCUGUAGAUAAGUGUAUUUUAAUUUUCCCCAUGUAUAUUUUGAUUUACUUGGGGAAGGAGCUUUUAGGGGGGGUUGGUUUGCUAUCUCUUUAGCUACCAGAACAGCGUGCCUUUGAUCUCACACUACUUUUGUGGACACAGUAGCCAUGCUUCCUGGGAGGUCAGAGCUGGGCACCAUCAGUCCUGCCCUUGAGUGAGGUUAGUGAUAUCCAUUGUAUGCUGCUUUGAAUGAACCAGAGAUACUCGGCCCUUUGCAGCAUGAGAAGCCCCCACAGCUCUGGCAUUUACCUCCACUUCAGUAAUAUCUGAAUGUUUCUUAGGGUUAGAUUGUGUUGUCAUUUGAUUUAAUUCUGCUUACACUUUGACUUUGGAGAAGUGUUUAGUAGACACUGGUACUUUCUGAACUGAUAGCUAACAAUUCUAAAGUGGAUGAUUUAUGCAGGUCUUAACCAGUCAGAAGGGGUUAUGUAGCCAGUGAUAGCUACUUUAUGUUUUGUAUAGAUUUUGUUUAGGCUGCAGUGUUUAACUUUUAACUCCUUACUCUUGCUGUCUUAAGUUCAUUACUAUGUUUAGUGGUACACAAGAUAUUUAGCAUGUAAAAAGCAGGACUUUUGGUUUUCGUUUUUAAUAGCUUCAUAUUGAAGCUAAGACUUUUACCACAAACAAGUUGAGUGGCAGGCCUAGUAUGCUGUAUCUUGUUACAUAAAGCUGUUGCCAGAAUCUUAGUAAAUAGAAUGUUUUAAAAGUUUGUUGUCUUUGUAUAUUAAUAACAGAUUAUGACAUGUUAACUUACAUGAAACUACAUUACUGCUCUUUCUGUGUCAUGUUUUACUGAGAUUUUGUGCCUCAUCUCUGAGUUAUUAGGAAUGUUGAAAGGAAUUGAUAAGUCAUUUUCAUUUUACACUUUUAUAUAAUCAGGUAAUAUGAAUAUAACAAUGUACAAUUUGCCUGUCAGAGUGUGUGCUAAUUAUAGUGGAAUAUGCACAGAACAUUUUGGCAUGAAAGAGGCUGAAUAAAUAGCUAUUUUACUUAAAAUAGCU